CUCAAUCAUGCAUGUCUGACAGUCAAGGCAAGGACUAUGUGUGUUGUAUAUGGCAAUUCUCUGCAUUUGCUUUUAUAAAAACUUGCUUCUUUCCUUCCCUUUCCUAUCUAAAAAAACCCAUCACUUAAAAACAAAGAAAGAUGAAGGAAAACUUUCAUCCAGGCAUUAUUACUGCCAAAUUCAAGAGCAAGACCAGGAAAAAGCUCUUACUGGGUCUUUUCGCCUCUAUUCUUCUAAUCACAGCCAUUGUAAGUAUAGUUGCUGGUGUAGCCUCAAGAAAGAGUACUACUAUUUCAGCUAAUGCUCACCAUCAAGCAGCUCAUGUCGUUCUGAAAUCUUCCUGCAGUACUACAUUGUACCCUGAACUCUGCUUCUCAACAAUCUCAACUCUACCUGAUGAUGCUGUAACCAAGAUAAAGAGCACCAGAGAUGUAAUCGACUUGUCGUUGAAUGUAACCAAAGAUUCAGUAAAACAAACUUAUUCAAAGAUCGAGAAACUUGCUUAUAGCGGGACAAACUACACACAGCGCGAAAGGAUUGCUUUCCAUGAUUGUCUACUGGUGCUAAAUGAAACUUUAGAUGAGAUCAACAAGGUUGAGGAUGAACUAAAAGAAUACUCAUCAAAAGAGACCAUAUCACAACACGCCGAUGUUCUCAAAAUAUUACUCAGUGCUGCAAUGACUAACCAAGAAACUUGCCUUGAUGGUUUCUCCUAUGAUACAGCAGAUAAAGAGAUUCGACAAUUAUUUUUGGAUGAUGAAAGACACGUGUAUCGCCUGUGUAGCAAUUCCUUGGCUAUGAUCAAGAACUUGACUGACACAGAUAUGUCAAAUAAUAAUGAGCAACAUUCAUCAUCAUCGGAAAGGAAGCUUGAAGAAGAGAAUGAACUGGAAUGGCCAAAAUGGAUGUCAGCAGGGGAUCGUAGGCUACUACAGGCUGGAAGUGUAACUCCUAAUGUGGUUGUAGCAGCUGAUGGGAGUGGAAAUUUCCGGACUGUUAAGGAAGCAGUGGAUGCUGCUCCUGAAGGUCUUACUACAAGAUACAUUAUAAAAAUUAAAGCAGGGGUCUAUAGAGAAAAUGUGGAGGUGCCAAAAAAGAAGACUAAUAUUAUGUUUCUAGGUGAUGGGAGGACUAAUACCAUCAUCACCGGCAGUAGGAAUGUGGUUGAUGGCAGCACAACAUUCAAUUCUGCAACUGUUGCUGCUGUUGGAGAUGGGUUCCUGGCGAGGGAUAUAACGUUUCAGAACACUGCUGGACCAUCAAAGCAUCAAGCUGUUGCGCUAAGAGUGGGAUCAGACCAAUCGGCCUUUUACCGCUGUGACAUGAUUGCUUAUCAGGACACUCUCUAUGUACAUUCACUUCGCCAAUUCUAUGUCAGCUGCAUCGUUAUCGGCUCUGUAGAUUUCAUUUUUGGAAAUGCAGCUGCUGUUUUGCAAAACUGCGACAUACAUGCCCGACGCCCUAAUCCAGGCCAAAAGAAUAUGGUCACUGCACAAGGCCGAACAGACCCUAAUCAGAAUACAGGCAUAGUUAUUCAAAAAUGUAGGAUUGGUGCAACUCAGGAUUUACAAGCAGUAAAAAGCAGUUUUCCUACUUAUUUAGGCAGACCAUGGAAGCUAUACUCACGGACUGUAAUAAUGCAAACUGAUAUAAAUGAUGUUAUUAAUCCGGCCGGAUGGUUUGAGUGGGAUGGAAAUUUUGCUCUCGACACAUUGACAUAUAGAGAGUAUCAAAAUACUGGAGCAGGUUCUGAUACUGCAAACAGAGUUAACUGGAAAGGGUUUAAGGUAAUGACCAGUGCAACUGAGGCACAGCCAUAUACUGCAGGAAAUUUUAUUGCAGGAGGUAAUUGGUUGUCUGCUACUGGUUUCCCUUUCUCUCUUGGUCUAUAAAUUCAUGGCUUAAGCAAUACCAGAUAAUUUUUGUUGCAGACAUUUGUAAUCUAUGUUUUGGAUUAUCUGGUGAAGUUCUAGAUUUAUGAAUAAGAAUCGACUAAGAAUAAAUGUAAUACUACUAAACAUUAUUCCUUGCUAAGAAGCCUAUUAACUUUUCUUGAA